GGUUCACGAUUUUCACUUCAGUUCGCAUCUUCUGCUUUGGCGCAUCGCUCUGCCGGCUUUGUGUGAAUAAAUGUCACAAUUCGGCGUGUUUUUUGACCGUUUGAUAACUUGAGAAAAUAACUUUCAACCGGGCGAUAAUUUAUUAAAGGUGUUUUAAUAUUUCAUCUCUUCGAUAAUCCAACGUAUGUUUAUAGUGAAGAUUUUCCCUACUUGGUGUCAGAUAAUAAUGCUCUGACUUGUCUUGUGCGAAAUAGUUAAGAAAGCGCUACAGUGGACAUGUACGCUUAUGCGGGGGGCGGCCCCCCUCAUUACGCACCACCCCCGACCUAUUUGCAGCCUCAGUCGAGCCAUCAUGUGGUACAACCUCCUGUAGGAUCACUUUGUCCAGAAGUUCCUAGUAGUUCUCAUUAUUCGAAAAGGCGAAGAUCAGAUGAGGACGACCCAAGUGGCGCCAAAUACGCUAGAAUGGAGGAAGACACAAUACAGGACAAAGAACGUUUCGCAAGUAGGGAGAAUCAUUGCGAAAUUGAAAGGAGGCGACGGAAUAAGAUGACAGCCUACAUAACGGAGCUGUCAGAUAUGGUACCAACAUGCAGUGCUCUCGCAAGAAAACCGGACAAAUUGACAAUACUCAGGAUGGCUGUGGCUCACAUGAAGGCCCUCAGAGGCACAGGCAAUACGAGCACAGAUGGAACAUACAAACCCUCAUUUUUGACAGAUCAAGAACUCAAACAUCUUAUAUUGGAAGCAGCAGAUGGUUUCUUAUUCGUUGUUACUUGUGAUACGGGUAGAGUUAUAUAUGUAUCUGACUCCGUAGCACCGGUAUUGAAUCAUCUACAAAGUGAUUGGUAUGGUUCUUGUAUAUAUGAUAAUAUUCAUCCCGAGGAUGUAGAGAAGGUACGCGAACAGCUCUCCACUCAGGAGCCACAGAAUACAGGAAGAAUACUGGACCUGAAAACAGGCACAGUGAAGAAAGAAGGACAUCAAUCAUCUAUGAGGCUGUGCAUGGGUCCAAGAAGAGGAUUCAUCUGCAGAAUGAAAGUUGGUAACUUGGCACCCGAAAGUAUGACCAUCGGCCAUUUGAACAGGCUCAAACAGAGGAAUAGCUUAGGUCCUGGCAGGGAUGGUCAAAACUAUGCAGUGGUACAUUGUACAGGUUAUAUCAAGAAUUGGCCUCCCACUGAUAUGUUCCCAGGUGUGCAGUUAGACAGACAGACCGAAGAAGAAAUCCAUUCCUCCCAUUGUUGUCUAGUAGCGAUCGGAAGGCUUCAAGUGACCUCAACACCAAACACUAGUGAUCUGUCUGGAUCCAGUAGUACUGCUGAAUUCAUUUCUCGUCAUUCCAUAGAUGGCAAAUUCACAUUUGUUGAUCAAAGGGUAAUUGGAUUACUUGGAUACACUCCUCCAGAACUACUGGGAAAAAGUUGUUUUGAUUUUUAUCAUCACGAAGAUCAGACCCACAUGAAAGAUAGUUUCGAACAAGUGUUGAAAUUGAAGGGUCAAGUUUUAUCGGUGAUGUACAGAUUCAGAGCUAAAAACAGAGAAUGGGUUUGGCUUCGUACAAGUGCAUUCGCCUUUUUGAACCCUUAUACUGACGAUGUGGAAUAUAUUGUGUGUACAAAUACAACAGCAAAGGCCCUCCAUCCAGGCUCCGAAGGUACUGACAAUCCAGAGCAAGUUGCCUACCAACAGCCAAGUCUUGAUUACAGUCAACGAAGGGACCCUGGCCUAUACUCACAUAUGCUUCCAACGACGCAUAUUCAAAGCGACUAUCAGAGUCCAAAUUAUGCCCCACAACCUGCACAGCGUCAAGAUGGUGUUCUUGUGUCUGAUCCGCCUCAGUCAGCAAGGCCGGCUAGUGGACAGCCUGUUUAUAGUGGUUACGAACCCACCUACACCCAGUUGAGUGGAGGAGGUAGACAAGCCGGUCCUCCACAUGCACCUUAUCAGUGGACAACUUGGCAGAAUACCGGACAAAACGCUGAUCCUUCCGGAACGGCCCCUGGUGGUUCAGGUGCCCCUCCGCCCCCUCAGCAUGAGUUAUCAGACAUGUUGCAAAUGCUGGAUCAAAGUGGUGCCACCUCCUUUGAAGAUUUGAACAUGUUCAACAGCACUUUUGAGUAAUAUCAAUGGGUGUCAUUAGAGUUUUGAUUUCAUCAAUUUUUCUAGGUAUCAGUAGAAAAAUUGAACACAUUUUUUUUCUAAUGAUAUUCAACAUUUGAGUCAGACAAUUAUUUUCACUAGUCUAGUACAAUUUUAGUACAAAAUCUAUGUUCCAGGUGAUUUCUAUCAUCAUUUAAUUUUUUGAUAUUAUUACUUUAGUAAAGUGUGGUAAAAACUUGGUGAAAAAUUCAUCUUUGUACAAUUCAAAUUUUUUAACUUUUUUAUCUGAAUAUUUACAUUCACAUAUUCACUCAUAAUAUUAUUCAUUGGAAAUAUUUGAGAACUUCAUGCUCAAAAUAAUUAAUGACUCAACUCAAUGGAAAAAAUCCUUUUCUAUUGAGUUCAAAUGACAUGAUUUCAAUCUUUCACUUGCACUUGUAUUAACUGAAUUGUUGCGAGUAACUCGAGCAUAUACACUUUUUCAGCUUCCUGCUAAAUAUAUGAGUCAAUGUUAUGUGGAAUUCCAAUUCACUUUCUUUAUAUUUUUAUUCACCUAUGUUAUUUAUAUAUAUGUGUAUAUAUAUAUUGAUAAUAAUACAUAUAUAUGUAUAUAUAUAGUGACUGGUAUCAUGUCUGGGUUUCAAAUGACUGCAUCCCCAUAGCAAAUCUACAUAUGUAUAUAAAUAUAUAUGUAUAAUAAGGUCAUAAAUGAGUAAUGAUGAAGGAUUAAGAUUUUAAAAUCAAUUUAAAUCAUUUUAAAUUGUGAUUACCUUGUGUACAAAUUGUAUUUGAAUAAUUUUAUACUAAUUGCAAUCUGACAUUUAUUUGUAUAUAGUCAAUAAAUAAUUUAUUAAUUGUGUGAAUGCGAUCAUCGAUACUUAGUAAGGUAUUUGUAUUGAGUAUUGAGUAAUUUUUUAUAAUUCUUUAGAAAUGUGAAAGUAUCAACUGUCAAUAGAUUUUUUAAUUAU